AUGGCGGAAGUAGAAGCUACAACUUGUGCAUCAAAUACUCAUAGUUUCAUUACUUUGCUGCCUAAUGGUUACAACACUCAGGCAAGUGGGAGAACGAGGAACCAACUUUCUGGUGGCCAAAAACAGAGAAUUGCAAUUGCAAGAGCUAUGUUGAAAGAUCCCAAAAUCCUUCUCCUUGAUGAAGCAACCAGUGCGCUUGAUGCGGGGUCAGAGAGCAUUGUUCAAGAGGCUCUAGACAGGCUCAUGGUUGGAAGAACAACCGUAGUUGUGGCUCAUAGACUAUCCACCAUAAGAAAUGUUGACAGUAUUGCUGUUAUACAACAAGGACUAGCACUUGAUCUAAUUCGUGGCAAGAAUUUUCUGAUGCUUAUGGAUUCUGCUCUAGAGGGUAAUUUUUCAAAUGAUGAUGGAACUGAACUUGUGCGUUUAGCUUCCCGCUGUUUGCAGUAUGAAUCACGUGAGAGACCAAAUGCAAAGUCUCUUGUCACUUCUUUCAUGUCUCUUCAAAAAGAAACAGAGCUUUUCCUGUAUUCUGAAGUUGUUUUUGAACUAAGAGAGAUGAGUAGAUUUUGGGAGAUGAAAAGAGUGGAAAUGGAUUAUGCAAACAGUGAUAUUCUUGGAAAAGCAGUUGAGAAGAGUCUUAGCAGCAUUCUAGCAAGAUUGAUAGUGGACAAGAAGAUGGAGAUGGAUGGUGUGACAGUUAGAUGUGAAAGGAACAACAAUAAAGGUGUUGAGACAAUAGAUAUAGACAAUAAUGGUAGAAAGUACAAGCAUCGGGUGAAAGGUCUAAAAGAACCCACUUCUGAAGAGAAGUAUCAACAUCUGUUUCCUAUUAAAAGUUCUACCCUCUAG